UUUUUUUUGAAAAGCUCCAAUUCCUUUUGUUGACUCAUCCUCUGUACAUAACAAUAUCCAUUUAAUUAAAUAUAAAUCCUGUAUAUAUUUUAUUAUUACUGGACUUUCGAGAUAAGCUUGCAUUUGCUUUGUUUUGUCGUGUUUCCGGCGAUGGCUGCUAGCGCGAAUCCGACGGGGAACAAUCAGGACGGUUCGUCUUCCUCGGGGCAGAAGAUUCCUUCGGCGGGGGCGAAUGGAGUUCCGGUUAAUCCGAGCAACAACGGGGGGCAUAGCGUUGUGGAUAAUUCGCAGACGCAGGCGGCGUUGAGGCAUAAUUCUGGUAUCGCCGCCGAGUGGACUUUCGAUGAACAGUCGGCUCUGGAGGAAUUGCUUGCCACGUAUGCCUCCGAAUCAAACAUAGUUCGAUAUGCUAAGAUUGCGGUGCAGUUGAAGGACAAAACAGUUCGAGAUGUGGCACUGCGUUGUAGAUGGAUGACUAAAAAGGAAAAUGGAAAAAGAAGGAAAGAGGACCAUAACUCGGCAAGGAGAAGUAAAGAUAGAAAGGAAAGGGCUACAGAUUCUUCUGCAAAGUCCUCAUCUCAUUUGACAGCUCGUCCCAAUGGUCCUUCUUAUGCUCCACCAAUGAUUCCUUUGGACAAUGAUGAUGGGAUCUCAUACACAGCCAUAGGUGGUGUGACUGGAGAGCUUCUUGACCAAAAUUCUCAAUUCUUGAAUCAAAUUUCUGCAAAUUUUUCCUCUUUUCAGAUACAUGAUAACAUCAAUCUCUUAAGCAGAACUCGGGAAAAUAUCUUUGCAAUCAUGAACGACUUGAAUGACAUGCCGGAGGUAAUGAAGCAGAUGCCACCACUUCCAGUGAAGUUGAAUGAAGAGCUUGCAAAUUCCAUCCUUCCCCGUUGAUCCCAUUAAUGAAAUCAUGGAUCAGCUAUUCAGGGUUUACGAAGGUGCUUUUGACCAUACCCCUGAAGUUGGGAUCUCUAAAUUCAAGUUCUUUCGUCUAACUUUUUUUUUUCAUGUUUAGUGCCUCUAAUAUUUGGUUGUAGCAGAGAAGGGAUUUUUUAAGUCUCUUUUGGUUUAUUUAUAUAAUAACUAGUCUGUGUAUUUUGUAAAUAUUUACUUAUUUAGUUCUUGGAAAGAGAGUUCAAUGAAAAAAGGAUGGCAUGGCUUGUUUAGUUUAA